GCAAAGAACACACAACCAUGAAACUAUAAAACAAGGCCCAUCUUCUCAAAGUUAGGGUUUUUCGUGAGGCUCGUCGAUUACGGUUGAGGCCAUUGCCAUUUUUCUGAAGCAGACAGAGCUUUUGCAUCUCCUCCAUAGUCGUCUACAAUGGGGCGUAUGCACAGCAGAGGGAAAGGUAUUUCAGCUUCAGCAUUGCCGUACAAGAGGACUCCACCCAGUUGGCUUAAGAUUUCUACUCAAGAUGUUGAGGAAAACAUCUGCAAAUUUGCGAAGAAGGGUUUGACUCCGUCUCAGAUCGGUGUCAUUCUUCGUGAUUCUCACGGUAUUGCUCAGGUCAAGAGUGUUACUGGCAAUAAGAUCUUGCGCAUUCUUAAAGCUCAUGGGCUUGCUCCGGAGAUUCCUGAGGAUCUCUACCAUUUGAUUAAGAAGGCUGUCUCGAUUAGAAAGCAUUUGGAAAGGAACAGGAAGGACAAAGACUCCAAGUUCAGGUUGAUUCUCGUGGAGAGCAGGAUUCACCGGCUAGCUCGCUACUACAAGAAGACCAAGAAGCUCCCACCUGUUUGGAAAUACGAGUCAACUACUGCUAGCACACUUGUUGCUUGAUUUUGUCAACUGAUGGAUUUAUGGGCGAUUAAGAUCUUUUCAUUUACUCUAUUCGAUGUAAGGUAUUUCCAUUGUGUGGUUCUAGAUUAGACAUUGAAUGGUUCCAAGGUAUCACAGAAACAUAGUGCUCAAUUUUUGUCAUUCUCAUCAUGAUUUUGUAGUUUCUUCCUUGUCUAAAUUGGACAUGAUAGUGUUUUUGUCUUUAAUUAUAAUUGAUAUUCCUCCGAACUCAAUAUUGAAAA